GUGGAGGGAAGGCAUGAUUUUUUCCAAAAAUUCAGUCAAGGAGGAAAUCAUGUUUGCUAACCUUUUAAGACGAUUGAAAGGGGAUCUAGUGGGUAUUCCAGGAGUGGUAUAUAGCGACCAAAUAGAUAUUGACAAAGAAUUGGAAAGACAUCAGUCGGUACGAUGGCUCGGAGAGUUGCGUAAUGCCCGCAUGGAGACGGUACCUUCUGAGCUUGCGGAGGCCGACGUCACCCAGCAGCACUCCAUUCCCGGCCCUGAGGAUCAACCCUAUACAUUUUGGGAACGCGUUGGGUUGGUGCCAGUGCACCCUUCACGAGUUCGCGCUCGGCAGUACUACCACCCCGUCACAGAUUUUGCUUUGUACGACUACGACGAGGUUUCACCGGAGGAAAAGGAGCUGACCGCUCGGUGGAUGGUGCGGGUGAUGGAGUUCAACACCGCCGUUCCGGCGGGAAUCCUAUGCACCGCUGCCUGCCUUCUUCUGCCUCUCCACACGGUCUACCGGAUGCCACUUCUCACCGCCGCUGCGGUCACUGGUGUGGGGGUCGAAGUGACUCGGUCCUACAUGGCAGCCUUUAAGGAAAGACAGGAUUUAGAUGACUUUAUCUUAGCCAAGGAGAUUUGGUACAUCAAAAAUGUCGAAACCUAUCAGCUAGGGAUUCCACGUAUGCCACGUGGACGGGAGAGGGAAUAUCAAUCAUAUCUUGAUUCAAGUAAUCUUUCUCAGACAAGGGAGUUACCACAAGAGUUGGUAGACAGUUUACGCUUUUAGUUUCUUUUUUCACUGUAUGCAUGCUUGUAUGAGGAAACUGGGAGGGAAGGGGACAGGUCCUACACGAAAUUUGGAGGAGUAUGAGUGAACUAAUCAAGUGCAUAUGCCUUCCAUAUGAUGCCGAUGACACGUUAAUUUACAUUUGCCGCUAUGACAAUUCUGUCA